AUGACGCACCGUGCCGAUGCCUCCAACACGCUCGAUAACCGCGGCUACAGCGGUCCUCUGGUGCGCGGCCAGAAUCCUGCCCUCCUCUUAGAAACGGCCAUGCGCGACCGCAUCACCGAUUCACUCUACUGGAAAGAACAGUGUUUCGGACUCAAUGCCGCGACUCUGUGCGACCGAGCCGUCGAACUCUCCUACAUCGGCGGCACCUAUGGGGUAGCCAUGAAACCUACGCCUUUCAUCUGCCUCGCAUUCAAACUCCUGACCCUCGUGCCCGACCGGGAGAUCGUGCUCGAAUAUCUCCAAAACGGAGGCGAGGAGUGGAAGUACCUGAGGGCGCUGGCGGCGUUCUACGUCCGGUUGACCUUUGAGCCGGCCGACGUGUACAAAACCCUCGAGCCGUAUCUGGAGGACUCGAGAAAACUGAGGCAGCGGAGGAAGGAGUCUUAUGUGUUGAUCCACAUGGACGAGUUUGUGGACAAUCUGCUCACAAAGGACCGAGUCUGCGGGACGAGUCUGUGGAAGUUGCCGGCCAGGCAGUUGUUGGAGGAUCUGGAGCAGUUGGACGAGAGGGUGAGUCCGCUGCAGGCGGAGCUGGAUGCCAUGGAGGAAGAAGAAGAGGAGGAGGAGAAUGGCGAGAAACGAGAUGGGGACAGCGACAUGGAACGUCAUGCGGGGAAUGGGACAGCGUCCGAGAAUGGGCAGAGUCCCAGGUCAAGAAGCAGGAGUCGAAGCAGGAGCAGCAGUCGGGGUCGUUCGAUCAGUGAUUGA